ACUCCGUCCCUCUCAGAUCUGAAACAAGACUCCUUCCCCUUGAAGCUUUUCGUCUCCAAUCUAAGAAGAAAGAAGAGAGAAAAUGGCGGCAGCAUCAUCCUCGGCGAGGGAAGAGUUUGUAUACCUAGCGAAGCUCGCGGAGCAAGCGGAGCGAUAUGAAGAGAUGGUUGAAUUCAUGGAAAAAGUCGUCGAAGGCGUGGACAAAGACGAACUCACCGUCGAGGAACGAAACCUCCUCUCCGUGGCUUACAAAAACGUAAUCGGCGCUCGUCGAGCCUCGUGGCGCAUCACCUCCUCCAUCGAACAGAAGGAAGAGAGCCGGGGGAACGAUGACCACGUCACCACGAUCCGUGACUACAGAAGCAAGAUCGAGUCUGAGCUCUCCAAAAUCUGUGACGGCAUCCUUAAGCUGCUCGAUACAAGACUCAUUCCGGCUUCUGCAAACGGAGAUUCCAAGGUUUUCUACCUUAAGAUGAAGGGAGAUUACCAUAGGUACUUGGCUGAGUUUAAGACCGCUCAGGAGAGGAAAGACGCCGCCGAGCAUACCCUCACCGCUUACAAAGCCGCUAAGGACUUUGCUAACUCUGAAUUGCCUCCAACACACCCCAUCCGUCUGGGUCUGGCUUUGAACUUCUCUGUCUUUUACUACGAGAUUCUCAACUCUCCAGACCGUGCUUGCAGUCUCGCUAAGCAGGCAUUUGAUGAAGCAAUCGCUGAGUUGGAUACUCUAGGCGAGGAGUCAUACAAGGACAGUACUUUGAUCAUGCAGCUUCUCCGUGACAACCUUACUCUAUGGACUUCUGACAUGCAGGACGAAGGUACAGAGGAGAUCAAAGAAGCGGCAGCAACAAAGCCUGCUGAAGAAGAGAAGGAGACUUGAGCCUGUUAUUCAGUAUUCCAAACUCAUCCAACUAUUAUUAUGUUUUUUCGCUUGUGUGUGUUUUUCUAAUCUCUUCCCUUUGCCAUCCCCGAAGCUUCUAAGGCCGUCUAUUCUUGUCCUUUGUUUGCUCUCUUCCUAAUCGUGGAUGCUGCUGGGUUUAUGAUCUUGUUUCUUUUUCUUCUUGUUGAUUGAAUGUUGUCGGGCUUUGUGCCUUGUACUGCUACUGAACUCAGAUUGCAUUCUUAUUAAUGCCAUAUAUCAGGUGAUGUGUUUUUCGUACA